AUGGACUCCAAAACGUCAAGUGAGAAGCGCUCUGAGCAGUCUCCAGACACCCGCAUCGAUGAUGUCGAUUAUUAUCCGUCCCGAACCUCGCCACACAACUCGAUUGAGCAAGAAAAGUCAGAAAAUGGACCAACGGGCGUUCUAGGUGCAUUCUCGAGGCUAGGUAACUUGCCAGAAUGGGACGUCCCCGGACAUGGUCUUCUCCAAGGCAAGGCCCUCAACAACGCCAUCGCCUGGUGCUCAUGCCUUGCCUUCCUCAUGUUCGGAUACGACCAAGGUGUCUUGUCUGGUGUCCUUACCCUUGGUGACUUUCAACGCCACUUCCCUCUCAUGACAUCUCGCGAGCGCCAGAACAACCUGUGCUGGCUCGAUGCACCUACCAACACCGUACCCGACCCAAGCAUGUGUACCGGUAGCCCGAGCAUCCUCUCAGCUGCCGUUGCUGUAUACCAGAUUGGAUGCUUCUUAGGCGCGAUUCUCAUCCUGUUCUACGGCGAGGUCUGGGGCAGGAAGAGCAGCAGCUUUUGGGGUAGUCUUGUCAUGAUCAUUGGAACCGUGCUCCAGGUUGUGGCAGGAGGUAUUAAUGGUGGCAAUGCCGGAGCAUAUGCCGUGCUUUGCAUUGGGCGCGUUGUAGGAGGAAUCGGCAAUGGCAUGGUUACAGCGACAAUUCCCACCUGGCAGUCUGAAUGCGCGAAACCUGAACAGCGAGGCCGAUUGAUCAUCACAUCUGGAGCGGUCAUUGUGGCCGGUGUCAUGAUCUCUUAUUGGGUCACGUACGGAUUUUAUUUUGUACCUUCUGGCGAAAGCUACAGCUCGGUCCGCUGGAGGUUUCCAAUCAUGUUUCAGUCACUGUUCACUAUUCUCGUCAUGAUUGGUCUUCUAUUCCUACCAGAUUCGCCACGUUGGCUGGUCAUGCGUGGACGUCACACCGAAGCCCGCCACCUCCUUGCUCGUCUCGCAGGCGUACCUGUCGACUCUGAGGAGGUAGAUACUGAACUUACGAAUAUCAAGGAUGCGCUCGAAGCACAGAGCAAAGAUGGCCCAUUCAGGAUGAAGGAACUCCUGCACAACGGCCCCAGUCAGAACCUUCGGCGUACACUGCUGGGCGUCGUGUCGCAAUUCUUUCAGCAGAUCAGUGGUAUCAACCUCAUUACUUACUAUGCUACCUACGUCUUCGAAAACUCGCUCGGAUUUGGUCCGGACAUGUCUCGUCUUCUAUCUGCCUGCAACGGCACAGAGUACUUCCUCGCAGGUCUGAUAGCGAUUCCAUUGAUCGAACGCGUUGGCCGCCGGCGGCUCAUGCUCUUUGGUGCCGCAGGUCAAAUGGCCAGCAUGGCCAUCAUGAGCGGCAUGACAUCCACGGCUACGGCAAACGAGUUUGGCGCGCCCGUUCUCGAGCCAAAAUACGGCAUUACAGCCGUCGUUUUCAUGUUCGGCUUCAACACUUUCUUUGCCAUUGGCUGGCUCGGCAUGUCAUGGCUGUACCCGGCUGAAAUCACCAACCUGCGCAUCCGCAUCCAAGCCAACGCCCUCUCGACAUGCUCAAAUUGGAUCUCCAACUUCCUCAUUGUCAUGAUCACGCCGCCGGCUUUUGCCAACUUGUCGUACAACACCUACACUAUGUUUGCCGUCUUCAACGCAGCGAUUAUCCCUAGUGUCUACUUCUUCUUCCCGGAACCCAAGGGCCGCAGCCUCGAGGAGCUCGAUGUCAUUUUUGCUAGCAAAGAACAUGCCCAAGCUGGUGGGCAGAGAGCUGGAUGUCGAGAUUGCGAGGUACUUUGGCGGCGAUGUGGAAGAGGCUACCAGGAGGAGCAGUAUACCUAG